AUGAUGGGGAUGGUGACCACCACCGGCCCCGCGAUGAGCAUGAAGCUGCUGGUGGACACCAAGGUAGGGCGCGUGCUGUUCGCGGAGGCCGGCAAGGACGUCGUCGACUUCCUCUUCUCCCUCCUCGCCCUGCCCGUCGCCACCGCCGUCAAGCUGCUCGGGGCGGACUCAAUGGUCGGAAGCGCCGGCGACCUCUACGCCAGCGUCCAGAAGCUCGACGGCUCCUACGUCCUGCCCGGGGCGAACAUCGACGCGCUCCUACGCCCCGCAGUGCCCACGCCGGCGGCGGCCCCCAACAUCUCCCUGUCCCUCCUCCUCCUGCCGAGCCCGUCGCCGGCUUUCUUCAGGUGCGGCUACUGCCACAGCCCCGGCUACGUGACGGAAGUGAGAGGCACCAAGUGCCCCAGAUGUGGUAACCAGAUGGCGGACGCAAUCCAGUGCGUGCGGCCCGAUUCCGGCGGCUCUGGGCACGCCGCCACCGGAGGGGCGAAAGGGUUCGUGCAGGGCGUGGUGACGUACACGGUGAUGGACAACCUCGCCGUGACCCCCAUGUCCUCCAUCUCCAGCAUCACCCUGCUCAACACCUUCGCCGUCAGGGGCCUCGGCGCGCUCCAGGAGAAGACCGUGCGGAUCGGCUACAAGGAGGGUUUGGCGAUUCUCAAUGCGGCGCUGCAGUCCAAGACCGUCCUCACCGACGUCUUCCUCGCUGGGUGCAAGACAGAUCCGGUGUAUGACUGA